AUGACUUCUCCCUCCUACCCCAAAACAGCCGUAAACAAAUUGGGCCGUCUGCCAAACAGAGGCACCUACGACUACCAAACCAUCCACACCCUCAUAAACCGCACGCCCAUCCUCCACGUCUCCUUCACCGACCCAGCCCACCCCUUCCCCGUUGUCCUCCCCAUGCUCGGUUGCACAGGCAACUACUCCUCCCCCAACGACGUCCCCAGCCAAGACAUCUACCUCCACGGCUACAUUUCCGGUCGCCUCUUCAAAAAAUCCGCUGCUGGAUCCUCCCUUCCACAACAAUCACAACAACAACAAGAAGAAGAAGAACAAAACGAGCAAGGUCUUCCUAUUACCAUUGCAGCAUCAAAUCUCGACGGCCUAGUCCUAAGCCUUACCCCAUUCCACAAUUCGUGCAAUUACCGGUCUGCGGUCGUGUACGGGUAUGCGAGUCUGGUCGAGGAUGAAGAUGAGGCGCUGUGGGCUAUGCGCGAGAUUACCGAGAAUAUGUUGCCGGGGAGGUGGGAGGGGAGUCGGGUGCCGCCGACGAAAGCGGAGGUGAAGAGUACGGGGGUGAUUAGGGUGAGGGUUGUUUCGGCUUCGGCGAAGAUUAGGACGGGGGGUCCGAGUGAGGAUCGGGCGGAUUUGAAGAAUGCGGAGUUGGUGAAGAAGACUUGGACGGGGGUUGUGCCGUAUUGGGGGUCGUGGGGGGAGCCGGUUCCGGGGAAGGAGAAUGGGUGUGAGGAGGUGGAGGAGUAUAUUGAGAGGUGGAGGGUGGGAGAGAAUAGUAGGGGAAGGCAGGAGGCGUUUGGUGCAACUGCGGAGAAGUAA